AUGCUUGAGGCCAACCAACGACGUCGGCGCCACGACGCUACCCAUAGGUGCGAUGAAUGUGGGCAAACCUUCACAGCUGUGUUUAGCUUAAAGCGUCAUAUGCAAUCUCACUCUGGCGUCCGACCAUUUGUCUGCCGCGUUCCUGGCUGUAGUCAGGCGUUCUUCAAUCAGAGUGACUGCAAACGCCACGAACGUAGCAGGAAGCGUCACAAGGGUCUUCCUUUUUCCGACUCACUUUAA